AUGGAAGUACCCGAUUUUCAAAUUAACGAUACCCCUAGAACGCCUAAGAGACGUCACAGUUGGCCAGCUAUUUCCCAUCGUUGUUGCAAUUUAGCUUGUCAAGGCCAUCAUCAUUCCAUUUCGAUGCAUCCACGGCGAUUAAUUCGUCAUCUAUCUCAUAUUGUAUCGAAUACCAGUAUUUCACACUCGCCUUUGCUUCGAGCAACAUUACAAUCCUUUUUAUUAGCUAUGCUUGCCACGAGCCAAUUCAUCAAAAAGUGGUCCAUCAUCAUUAUUCAGUACGCUUGGAAACAAAUUUGUUUAAACUACGCCGCAGUCUCGGAAAGAGCUGAUCUUGAAGGAAGUUCAGCCAUUGAUGAUAAAUUUGCCGAACAACUUAAAAAUGUACAUUUUCGAAAUUAUCAGAUUCGAUUAGACAACGAUUUAUUUGGCAAUCUUGUACGAAUGCCAUGGAGUUAUAUCUUUGGCCUGUUUGCUGUGGCCUACUUGACCAUCAGUAUCGUAUUUACCAUUACAUAUACAGUAGCGGACAUCAUCGAUUUUGAUCUUUCUUAUACAUUUUGGUAUUGGCUAGUCUUUAGUUUAUCAAUCACAACAUGCUUAGGCUCGGAAAACUUAGAUCCUAAUCGUGCUCAUCUAUUAUUAAUCUUGAUUUCUAAUUUGCAAGCAUUUAUCUCGCAAAUAUUGCUGGCUUUUGUUACUGGAAUUGUUUUUGCUCGUUUCUCUCGACGACGAUGUCAGAUUCAAUUUGCUGAUAAAUUAAUUAUUAAUUCGGUUGACGGAGUUGACUGUCUCCAAGGAAGACUAACACCCAUUCGAGCACGAUAUGGUAUCUUUGAUUGCCAUAUAAAGCUAUACCUAACCAGAGGAUAUCGUACGAAAGAAGGAGAACAUGGUAUUCGAAUUACGUAA